ACUACAAACGAAUUGUGUUGUACAAGAUGGUGUCUUCGUUGCUGCUACUGGCAGUCACCGCCGUUUUAGCUACAGCAGAGCAAGUGCCCUGUACGACAGGGGAGCAGCAGUGCAAGGGUCACCAAAGUCUGAGCAUUGUCAACAACAACCACUACUGCUGCGGUCACGGUUUCAACCUGCAAUGGAGGAGUCCAGCAAAUAAUGACCAAUCGCCGGCAACCUGUAUAUGCGACCGACAAUUUUACGAAAUUGAUUGUGUCGAAGGAAAUGUCCAGUGCCAAGAUGCGACGAGUUUUGUCUCCGAUGGCUACACGACCAAAUGUUGCCCGGUUGGCUACAGCAUGAACAGUGUCAGCAACUCCUUCAUCAACGGAGUCAAGGUGGACUACUGCAAGUGUACCCGUUCCGGCACCAUAGGACGACAAAUGACGGAAGCCGAAAAAGCCCAGUUUACACAAGCCAUGAGCCAGUUUUCCCAGGGACUGCAGACCGGGUUGAACCAAAUGCAGCAGACAUUGAACACGAACCUAGGCUCGCUUGGUGGCUUCAUGUCGGGUAUAACCGACGGACUCAGGCGGAGUCUUAACACUGUGGCUAACCAGUUUGGCGCUUUAGCUCUUCAAUCUGGCAACAUGAGUCAAGCACAGCCAGCUCUGCCAGCGUCACCCUAUGACCUGCGACAGCGUCGGUUUCAGCAACUGCAGAGACGCCUCCAACAAAGACAACCAAGUGGAAGGGGAUCGGCCAUGUGGGAUCGUCUAAACGGUAAUCCUGCCCUUUCCCAAAUGAUGACCCCCAACUGGUGGUUCGGUCAGGACUGGAGAGGCCUGUAUGCAAACCAGACAGCCCAGAACAGCAACACAACUAGAACAAAUGAGGCGAAUCCAAGUGUUGCCAGUCCUUUGCCUGCUCAGAACGCGACUGUUAAAGUUUAG